AUGAUCUCGAAUGUUAUCAAAAAUUACGAGAGAAUCGAUUUUCUUUCCAGCUACUAUUUCGGAACUCUUGCAAACCAGGAAGGUUUCGAAGACGCCGAGGACGAAUGCAUGAGAAUUGGUGGACAUCUUCCCUCGAUUUCGAAUGCGUAUCAAAAUUCAGCAGUUCAAAAUGCGGCACACAGAACUAGUGAAAUUAAGGCCGUCUUAGCCGCCUUUUUCGGGAUUACUGGAGUGGAUUGGCGUGAUGACGACCAUGCUCGUGGACUAUUCCAGUCCUGGAGAGAUCCUGUCAUGUGA